AACUCAAACGUAAAGCGAAGUCAAUACAAGAUUGUGCGCAAGCGCACACGAAUUCACGUGACCGCUCACUUGUUGCGCGGCAAUUUUUGAAUUUCUUAAACGCACACCUAUGCAUCUAGUGCAAGUCUGCCUGCAUGCUGCACUGUUUACAGACACCGCGCAGGUGGGGCUGCUGAUGCAUGGGUAAACUAAGCAAUCAUUUAACGUAUUAAACUAGCAGAAAAUCAUCUAUAAAGAAAUUUAACGCGAUAAACGUGAACGUCGGCUUUCGCAUCUAGUGUAAGUCUGCCUGCGAGCUGCACUGUUUACAGACACCGCGCAGGUGGGGCUGCUGGUGCGCGAGCUCACUCUGCAAUAAAUUAAGCGAAGAAUUAAUUCAACACAACGACUCUGGUUUAUCAAAAUAAAUUAAGUUUGAAUAUUAAUUACAAAAUCUUUCGACAGCACGUAGCACAAGUACUGACUGGGAUGACAUACGCGCCAAGAUUCUGGAGUACUACGACCUGAAGGACAAAGAACCAAAUGAGAGUUUCUAUCUUCAACUCUACGGCGGAGGCGUUUGGUUAAUGAAUUCUAGGGACGAAACACUCCAAAUAGGUAAUGAAGUAAAGUCAUAAAUAACAAUAUUUAUAUGUAAGUCUACACUUGUACGGAAAGUUUGACGGGCUACUAGCCAACGUAACGUACGACACGAAGUCUGUGCGGAUCUGUGAGAGGUUUAACACGAACCCACGAAUGUGACUUGGUACGUGCGCACGUACAGAUACUUAGUCAGUGUCCCACGCUCAAAAACUAGACCCUCACACAGAUCUGCCAAACCUGCUCUCGUGCUUAGUGGGUCUCGGACUGUGGGAGCCGUGCUUAGGCACACAUUCCGCAAAAAGAGACUAAGUCGGUUUGGGAACUUUGUCGAAAAGUGACUGGACCGACAGCAAGGUGGCCCGAUACUUGUGCACAAAGUAUAGGGAGCUUUGCAGGGGUAUCCUCUCAACCGCAGACUAACGUUUUUUGUAUAUUUACAGACAUGAACAUCCUCAGUUUGGAAGAAGCAGCCAGACUCCUGGAAGUGUUGAAAGCUACAGAGGAUCGAGUGGUAGGGUUGAGAGGACCCGUAAGCCACUACAGCGACGCAGGGAGAGCAGGAGCCACUACGUCCACGCCCAGGGAUGACGACCAGACAUACAGCAUGAAUGAGAUCACCAAGCUGUUGCGUGAGAGCACCCUGGCUCAAGUCAAGCUCAGCGAAAGGCUGGUAGAAGGAAUGAAGUCCCUCGUGGAGGAGAAUGCUAAGAUGAACCAAAACUUCGAAAGGUUCACAACCAAGAUCAGCGGAGAUGUACAGCAACUGAUGAGGUCCGUUGAUAGUCUGAAGCUCAGAGGGCAGGAUGGACAGGCAGUAAAAGAUUGGCAGGAAAAGCCAACUCUUUCAGCCAACAACAAGCCAAGCAUCGUCAGCUGUACACGCCCGGCAGAACCGAUCAAGCUGCAUCCACGAGGACGCGGACGUGGCUUUCGACCAGCAAACCGCAAUCCGCUCACGCUCUUGGCUCCUGGACCAAGGGAGCUCGGACCUGCUGAACCCAGGUGCUCGUCCACACUAGUGGCCGACUCGUACGAGUGGAACGAGAAAAAUGAAGUAAGGAGAGAACAGUCGCCAUAUAAAGAUUGGCGCGUUGAAUCCGCCGAACGUCUUGGAAUCGCGCUCGACGAUUUGAAUAUUGACAACUCGAAGCAGAGAACCCCAGAAAAAUCAGCCCUGCUCGGAUUCGCAGAGGAAAGAAACCGUUCCUCUGACGAACGAUCCAAAAGUAGGGAAAGGCCCAACAAACGGUGCGAGCGAUGUGGUAGCACGGCGCACUUGUCCAAGGACUGCAAGCACGACGAGCCUAAGUGCUUUAACUGCAAUAAGUUCGGGCACAUCGCCGUAGACUGCAGUGAACCACGGAAAGGGCCACCACGAAAGAGAGCGACUGAUCGCAACAGAAGUAUCUCUCCAAAGAGAAAGCAGAGGAGAGAGCAUAGCAGAUCUCGAUCAAAGUCACCUUUCAGACGACCUGGCACUCCUGCAAAAGAAUAACUAAGGGUCAGCCUGGAAACGAUGUCGAGGACAAUCGGGAGGGAGUGUUGGAAUAUGUGUACGAUCUCCCCCGACACCGACGGCAGAUCCCUCGCGUCGCAGCGCUCUAGAAGCGCUCGCCGCCAAAACCACGUGAUACGGCGCUGAGCUCGGCGGCGCUCUCCGCUCGCCGCCUCACUCUCUACGAGAUAGUCGAGCUGCACGCACGCCUUCGGCUCUUGUCCCGCUCUGUUUAAGUUUACUUUAAUAAUAAAGUUACGCUACGCUCUAUUACUUAA